AUGGACUACCGUGGACUGUCAUGGAUCACCAAGGAUGACCAUAGGCCAUUAUGGACUGUCAUGGACCACCAUGGGUGGCCUCAGGAAGCUCUGGACCACCAGAGACCACUGCAGUACAUCAUAGGGUGCAGUGGGGUGUUACUGUCCCCCCGAUCCCCCCUCCUCUCUCCGGCAGUGGUGUAUCUCUGCGGGCCGCCGGAGAUGCUGAGGCAGAUCAUGCAGCUGGCACAGCAGGAAAACCUCACCAACGGUGACUAUGUCUUCUUCUACUUGGAUGUCUUCGGGGAGAGCCUGCGGGGCGACUCUGCCCGUGACCCCUUCAAGCCCUGGCAACAGAGCCCCGGCCAGGAUUCAGGGCUGCGCGAGGCUUUCCAGAUGGUGCUGGUGAUUACCUACUAUGAGCCCCAAAACCCUGAGUACCAGCAUUUCCAAACCCAGCUCAUCCUGCGAGCUAAGCAGAAAUUUGGAGUGCAGCUCAACUACUCUCUGAUGAACCUGGUGGCGGGGUGUUUCUAUGAUGGGAUGCUGCUGUACGCCAUGGUGCUGAACGAGACCCUGCGUGAGGGAGGCUCCAAGAAAAAUGCCACCCACAUCAUCGAGAAGAUGCGGGACCGCAAGUUCCAGGGGGUGACGGGGCUUGUGAGCAUGGACAGCAACAAUGACCGGGACACUGACUUCAACCUAUGGGCCAUGAGCGACCCCAAGACUGGGAAGUACGAGGUGGUGGGACACUACUCGGGUGUGGAGAAGCAAAUUCACUGGCUGGGGCGACCCAUCCCCUGGGUGAAGGGGGCUCCCCCCUUGGACAACCCUCCCUGUGUCUUUGAUGUGGAUGACCCCUCCUGCGAUAAAACCCCCCUCUCGAUGCUGGCCAUCGUGGCUUUGGGCACUGGCCUCACCUUCGUCAUGUUUGGCAUCUCCAGCUUCCUCAUCUUCAGGAAGCUGAUGCUGGAGAAGGAGCUUGCCAGCAUGCUCUGGAGGAUCCGCUGGGAUGAGCUGCAGUUUGGAAGUCCCGAGCGGUACCACAAGGCAGCGGGCAGCCGGCUCACCUUGUCCCUGCGUGGCUCCAGCUAUGGCUCCCUGAUGACUACCCAUGGCAAGUACCAGAUCUUCGCCAACACCGGCCACUUCAAGGGCAAUGUGGUGGCCAUUAAACACAUCAAUAAGAAGCGCAUCGAGUUGACACGGCAGGUGCUCUUCGAGCUAAAACACAUGCGCGACAUCCAGUUCAACCACCUGACUCGCUUCAUUGGGGCGUGCAUCGACCCCCCCAACAUCUGCAUCAUCACCGAGUACUGCCCACGGGGCAGCCUGCAGGACGUCCUGGAGAACGAGAGCAUCAACCUGGACUGGAUGUUUCGCUACUCCCUCAUCAAUGACAUUGUCAAGGGAAUGGCCUUCCUGCACAACAGCAUCAUCGGCCACCACGGCAGCCUCAAGUCAUCCAACUGUGUGGUGGACAGUCGCUUCGUGCUGAAGAUCACCGACUAUGGACUGGCCAGCUUCCGCUCACCCAGCGACAAUGAGGACACCCACGCGCUCUAUGCCAAGAAGCUGUGGACAGCCCCAGAGCUGCUGCAGAAGGGGCACCUGCCCACCCCGGGCAUGCAGAAGGCUGAUGUCUACAGCUUCGGCAUCAUCGUGCAGGAGGUUGCUCUGCGGAACGGCCCCUUCUACAUUGAGGGCAUGGACCUGAGCCCCAAAGAGAUCGUGCAGAAGGUGCGUAACAGCCAGAAACCGUUCUUCCGCCCCUCCAUCGACAUUGGGGUGCACAGCGAGGAGCUGGCCGUGCUGAUGGAGCGCUGCUGGGCGCAGGAGCCAGCCGAGCGCCCCGACUUCAGCCAAAUCAAGAUCUUCAUCCGUAGAUUCAACAAGGAGGGAAGCACCAGCAUCCUGGACAACUUGCUGUCGCGCAUGGAGCAGUACGCCAACAACCUGGAGAAGCUGGUGGAGGAGCGGACACAGGCCUACCUGGAGGAGAAGCGCAAGGCGGAGAACCUCCUCUACCAGAUUCUGCCCCACUCUGUGGCGGAGCAGCUGAAGCGUGGGGAGACAGUACGGGCUGAGGCUUUUGACAGCGUCACCAUCUACUUCAGUGACAUUGUGGGCUUCACUGCCCUCUCGGCAGAGAGUACUCCCAUGCAGGUCGUGAUGCUGCUGAACGAUCUCUACACUUGCUUCGAUGCCAUCAUUGAUAACUUUGAUGUCUACAAGGUGGAGACCAUUGGGGAUGCCUACAUGGUGGUCUCGGGGCUGCCGGUGCGCAAUGGGAAGCUGCACGCCCGUGAGAUCGUCCGCAUGGCCCUGGCCCUGCUCGAGGCCGUCAAAACCUUCAAGAUCCGUCACCGUCCCAACGACCAGCUCCACCUGCGCAUCGGCAUCCACACUGGUCCUGUGUGUGCUGGCGUGGUGGGUCUGAAGAUGCCACGGUACUGCCUCUUUGGGGACACGGUGAACACUGCAUCCCGCAUGGAAUCCAAUGGCCAGGCCCUAAAGAUCCACGUCUCAUCCACCACCAAGGAAGUCCUGGAUGAGUUUGGCUGCUUUGAUCUGGAGCUGCGUGGGGAUGUGGAGAUGAAGGGCAAGGGAAAGAUGCGGACAUAUUGGCUGCUGGGCGAGAGGAAAGACCCCAAAGUCGUCUGAGCCCAGUGGCAGUGGCGGAGCCCCCAGCCUCAGUGGGACUGCCAGUGCCUUCCGGUGCCUUGACCCCCAGGACGCACCGGCACCCCCCUCACUGCAUCCACCACCACCUCUGCAGCCCCCCUGCUUCAGCAGGGCCUGGGCAAGGUGGGGCAGCGGCCAUGUCACCGUCUGCCCCCCCUCCAUCAGCACCAGCAAAGCCCACCUUCCCCCACAGCCCCUUGGAGGGGGGAACUGGCCCAGAUCCAACCCUCAUAUCUCCCCCACCCUCUAGGGUCCUGCCAUCCCUGCCCUCUCCCGUGUGGCUCAGCUGGCUCUGAGCUGGUCCGGGGCCUGGUUGCCCCGUAGGGCACUUUGCCGUCUCUUUUCAGUACCUGGCCCCCAGCAGAAUUUGUGCCCAUGUCACCCUGUCCCUGGGGUGGGGGGAAAUGGGGAUUCCUGCCAAGACUGACUCCUUGGCCAGGUCAGGCUUCAAUGCCGCAGCUCCCCCCCUCCCCAGUCUCCUCUUCUCCUGUAUAUAACCCCAGUGGGUCAUGUAAAUACCACCCCCUCCUCCCCCAGGUGUAAAUAUAGGACUCGCUGCAACUAUUUUGUUGAAAUACAAACUUCCCCAAAUCCA